UAUUUCCGGUGUCAUGUCAGCUUUCUGCUGAAGCCGCAUGGCUAGUGAUUUCUGCUGUAAUAUUUACAGUCUAUGCUUCUGCUGCAUUUAAUGAGUGUUUUUCCAAGUCCGGCGUUUGUGGAGAUGCAGAUUUAAUAAAACGAGACACCAAGGAGGGAUGGCUGAAGUCGUACAAGAGAAAAGCCGCGGCUUGAAGUUUGCGGAGCAGCAACUCCUGCGUCACGGCUGGGAACACGGUAAAGGACUGGGGCGAGCAGAGAACGGCAUCUCAGAAGCUAUCAAAGUCAAAGUGAAAUGUGACAAAGGAGGGGUCGGCCAUAAGGAAGGCGAGCAGUUCACCUUCCACUGGUGGGAUCACGUCUUCAACAAGGCCUCCUCUAGUCUGCAGGUGGAGUCUGAUCAGAGCGGUAUCAAGCUGAAGAAGACGGUGGAGGAAGAUGAAGAGGAAGGAAUGAUCUCCAAUAAAAUGCCGAGGAAAGCCUCGCUGGCUAAAGCCAAACUGUAUGGAUGCUUUGUCAAGUCGGCCACGCUCCUGUCUGGUCAGGAGCAGCCGGAGCCAAAGGCCUCAAACUCAGACGACAGCAGCAGCAGCUCCGAUGACGAGGAGGACGAGCAGAAGAUGGAUCUCUCCAGCACCUUCAAUAAGCUCACUGAUGCUGACCUGAUGAAGGCUUGUGGAGGACGCACCGCCCAUAAAGGAGCCAGGCACGGCAUGACCAUGAGUGCCAAGCUGCUGCGGCUUGAGCAGCAGGAGGCCGAGUUCAUGGCCAAGUACGGCAAGAAAAAACAACCAGCCAAUUCUCCAUCGACUCCGGCUCCCUCACAGUCACCUGAGCAGAGAGCUGAGAGGUGUGAGGAGACGGCAGAGGAACCUCGCAGCAAAAAGAUGAAGAAGAGGAAAUCCACUGGGAGCAUUGAUGAGCUAAAUGUUGACAAAGCCCCCAGCAGUCCUGAGACAGAUGAGAUACCGAAAAAGAAGAAAAAGAAAGGCAGCGAGAAAAAAGAGGAAAUAAUCGAUGCAGUUUCUCCUGAUGAGGACGUGAUCUUUGUAGGAAACGUUCAAGCAGAGCGUCCACACAAAACAAAGAGGAAAGAUAAAAAGAAGAAAAAGAGCGCAGAGCAGAACGAGGAAGAAGAAGGAACGUCUUCACCUGCAGCAGAGAGUCCAGAGGAGACCACAGAGCUGCACGCUGACGCCACGGUAAAGAAGAAGAAGAAAAAGAAGAAGAAAUCCUCCAAACAUCAAAGUGAACCUGCUGAGGGACAGGAAAGUAAUGUUGCAGAAUCCAGCCAAUCAGAGCCAGCCGAGGUCUCUGUUCUGACAGCCGAAAAGAAAAAACGUGCUGAUAAGUUGGACAAAGCAGAAGUCACAGAGGAAGAAUCAACAGUGAGGCAGAAAAGGAAAAAAUGUAAAAAGGACAAAACAUCUGUAGAGGACAUUGUGAACGAGGAGGCACUUCCUCCAAAGAAGAAGAAAAAGAAGUCCAAAGAGUAGUGUUUGAUUAAAGGGAUCUGGACUUCAAUCAAGAUGUGUGUCUCGUUUGAUUGGAGAAGUUAAGAUCAGCGUGAAUCAAUUUAUGUUCCAAACACGGACGUGAUGGAGGCUCUGAUGUCACGAGGCGGGCUUGUCAAUGAAUUAAGAUGCUUUUCUUUCACUGGAGAAUCUAUGAACACAAUGAAAUCCAACAGUUGUUUCUCUUUUGCCUGUUAAACAAACUCAUGUAGGCUGCAGGAUAUGGGGGGGGGGGAGUUAUAAUCUGACUUUUUGACAGAUGUGACUGUUGUGAUAUGAUUUACAGGACGUGAAAUGAAAUGUAAUAUUUUCACUGACGAUCCCUCUCAAAACCACAAAGAUGUGGGUGUAGGCCAGACCACCUGCAGCUGCAUUUUAAUAUAAUGCAGGUUAUCUGUACAUUUAGAAGAAAAGGAGAGGGGGGAGUAUUGCACUUGGUGUCUUCUAUUUGAAUAUUUGUGCAGCCCUAAUCAAUAUUAAUCUGAGCCGUUGAUGACCUGCUUCAGAUUCUAAAGAACAUUUUAGGGACAUUAAUGACAUCAGAAUGGAUUGAAUGAGUCGUUGAUUUGAUGAGUCAUAUCUGCAAAUCUUCACCUUGCAACUCAUACUCAUGUCGAAUAAUUACAGCUGCAAAUGAUUUAUUGCA